AUGGCGAGCAACGCCUUAGGCCCAUCUAUGCAAUCAGCACACAGUCUAGGACCUCGUGUAUCGCUGGAUGACGGAGUUUCAUCCUUUACCAUUGGCGAGUGCAUUCUCAUCAGGAUUCCUGGAGGAAUACAAGUAGAAGAAUAUGUUGAAGAUGAAGUGACCGCCGUUGGAACGAACCUCCCACCCAUUUCCGAAGGAACAGGCUCUCAGCAUCUGGCAUUUAUUUGCAAUAUUACGGUCCACCCGCUGAAUGACUCUUUCAUUCUUGAUGUCUACCCCGUUCUCGCUUUCUCUCAUACCGACGGAGCUGUUGCCACGUACAAUAACAUGCGUAAUCCCAUCUCAAAAGCAGCACUUAUCCCGCUCUCGCUUUUUUCAUCUCGACACCCCACACCCCAUGGUUUUGGACAACCUCUCACUUUGGGAAAUUGGAUAACUGUUAACGACUCCUUUUUGCAUGUCCUCCCUAGGCGGUUUACUAUGCCCAUGAGCAGAUCAUUCAAACGCUUUGAACCUCCCCUCAUGAUGCAUGCACGCUUGCAGCUCCGCCUCCAUCGUUACCGAGCAUUCCUCUCGACCGCAAACCCUGAAGAUCUCGAUGUUCAAUCCCAUCAUCCCUUUCUCAAUGGUGAGAGUGGAGAAGAUUUGCCACAUGACCAAACUGGACAUGGGGGAGGGCAGGCGACCAGCUUGCCAACCGUUAUCGGUGAUGGAAAUGGGGAAGGGGGGAAAUUAACUGAGGAGGGGCUAGCUGACGUGCUUGAAGAUGUUGAUGAGGAUGCAGAGGAUGGAGACGCCACCUUACUAGACGACCUUCGCCUCCUGGCAGCCUCUCAUCCAAUGUGGGAAGAAGAACUGCAAAGAUACCUCCAAGCAGAGCAGAAGGAGAGAGAAUGGAUUCAGAAUCAGCGUGCAGCAAGAUUGGCCCUUUGGCGGGAAGAUGUGGCUGUCGAGCUAAGCUCUUGA